CGAGGAAAUCUUCCGUUACACAUACAGCAGUUAUCAAUGAUACCCCCCACCUUGAUUAAAUUCGUCUCGCGAUCGUAAAUAAACAUCCCGUUUUAACUUCUACACAAUUUUUGAUCACGGUUCUUGAAUACCUAAAUAAUUGUUAUAAUCACCUAAUACGGAUCCGUCCUAUUCCAAUUAUCUAAAAUAAUUUAUCGGGUUACUUCCAGAGAGUCCAGUAAUUCGCCAGGUAGGCAAGUAAAGUUGACCACCAAGCGUAUCGGGCAUUACUCCGAUGGAAAAGAUCGCGUCGAUGACAACAUUCGGCACCAUGCGAAAGCCUAGGUAAUUCUCUAUCUUAUAGGUAUCUAAUUAGGUAGGUAUAUACUAUAAAUGUUGUAGCUUUGACUUCUUCUUUUUCUUUUUUCCAACAGGACUAUGUAUUUGUUCCUUACAAGCUGAACGCGAUGCUUCUCUUUUCCAUCCCACUUAUCAUACCAUCAUACGAUGCCGUCAGCCAUCAUACGACGGGCGUCGGUCAUCUGCACCAGUACCAACCUUAUGGCUCUGCUUCAUAAAAAUGAUCGAUGGAUCUUCACUACAUUUCCCCAGUAAAUAGAUAUCACAUUACAAUGCAGCCGUAAUGCGACGAACCCGCUGUUUUCUUUUGCUCAUUUACUUUAUCGUCGGUUUCUUAACAGCAAUCCUGUGUAUGCUCUUCUUUCGAAUAUCCAACUUCCUUUUCUCCACAAUGUCGCAGAGUGCGACAAGAAAACCCGUCAUUGUCGUUGGUUCGGGAUUGGCGGGCCUAUCUGCGGCGCACGAAGCGCUACGUGCUGGAGCUGCCGUCCACAUGCUUGACCGCGCGCCGAAACCAGGUGGAAACAGUAUCAAGGCCUCAUCCGGUAUCAAUGGUGCUGGGACACGAUUCCAAAGAGCUCAAGGCAUCGCUGGCGACGACAGCUUCUUUGCGGAUACUGUUCGCUCGGCAGGGCGUAGAUUCACCGAAACUGGUUCUCCUUUAGUAGAUCGGAAGGCCUUGGUGGAAAUACUAACAAGCCAGUCCGAAAAUGCGGUAAACUGGCUAGCUGAUGAAUUAAAUGUCGAUUUAAGUGUUGUUGCGCAACUUGGUGGCCACUCAAUUGCCCGAACGCAUCGUGGAGGCGGAAAAUUACCACCUGGCGCGGCGAUUGUUUCGGCAUUGGUAGAGGAGCUAAAAGCCAACUCAGAGUUCACAUUAGAGAACUCAUCAGAGGUGGACGAACUACUCACCGACGGUUCUGGGGCAGUUAGGGGCGUACGUUACCACAAUUUCGAUAAUUCCGAUGGACCAGCACACGAACUCGAAGGACCGGUGGUUUUCGCCGCUGGUGGGUUUGCUGGUGACGCCCAUGGCUUAUUAUCGAAGUACCGACCGGACUUAGCGGGUAUGCCAUCUACGAACGAGGCGCGCCCUGCUUCGCAUGGCCUACUUUCUGCAAUCGGCGCCGCUUUCGUCGAUAUGGACAGCGUACAGAUUCAUCCGACAGGUUUCGUGGACCCAAAGGACCCCGGUUCUGCCUACAAAUUUCUAGCGGCAGAAGCUUUACGGGGUGAAGGCGGGAUCUUACUCUCCAGUAAAGGCGAAAGAUUCAUUAAUGAGCUAAAUACAAGAGAUGUUGUGAGCGAUGCGAUCAUGGCUUUACCGCACUCGACUGUUGGUUCGACAAGGCAAUGGGAAAUAACACUCCUUCUCGACCCAGGCGCUUGUGAAGUCGCGGCAUCGCAUAUCGGGUUUUAUGUCUGGAAGGGUCUUGUGCAGAAAAAGAAAGUUAGAGACUUGGCUCCAGAGGUCAUUUCAGCCGUGGACAAGUACGCAGCAAUAGUCUCUAAGCACGAAGAAGAUGCGCUAGGGAGAAAGACUUUUGGGCAUUGGAGAUUACCACCAGGUGAAGCAAACCGGGAUGAAGAGGUAUGUGUUGGUAUAGUGACUCCUGUGGUUCAUUUCACGAUGGGAGGUGUAGCGUUCGACACGCAAGCACGGGUCCUACGCCUGGAGGAUGGCAACGAGUUGGCACCUAUCCCCGGUUUAUGGGCUGCGGGCGAGAUCACUGGAGGUAUCCAUGGGGCAAAUAGGCUUGGUGGCUCGUCGCUUCUCGAGUGUGCUGUAUUCGGUAGGAUCGCGGGAAUUCAGGCUGCGAAAAGUGUGAUGACUGUAUGAUAACCCGAAAGUUCUUACAGGCUUACGUAGAAAUCAGAGCCACGAAGCCAAUUUGAAGUGUCGCCAAUCUCUGUUUUAGGCGAAUCCACACCAUAAUUACAGGGCGCAUAUCCACUAUAAGAGAAGUUAGCAACAGCGCAGCCCUCCACUUGUAAAAGGCACCAAUCAGAUUACGAGGUAUUUACCAAUUCGGCAACUGUUACUAUGC